CUCUCUCCGUCUUCUGUAUCCCCAUCCUGCCACUGUUUGCCAUCCUCCAUUUGUUCUCUCUCUCUCUCCCCAUUCCCCAUCCGACCUCUGUUCCUCUCUCUCUUCGCUCCCCACUGCUAACUACACACUGACGUUUUGCCUUUUUUUUUUUUUUUUUUUUUUGUGUUUUUCAGUCCCGCAAAACGGAUUCGUUGAAAGAUUAAACGCCACCGUUCCACCUAACAGCACCGCGUGCUGUUGGCUCUUCGCAGCAGACAAGCCGGACCCGUGAAAACAACACCAAACCAUAUAUGCUCUUCCCACGUUUUGUGAUUUGUCCAAAUCCCAAAACAAGCAGAUCUACAGAUUCAGAGACAGUAAAGUAAACCAACCCCCAACUAUAUAUAAAUCCCCACAAGCUCGCCUAAAGAUCCUCCAUCUGAGAUCUGCUCCAAAUCUCACUCAAUUUUCUCAUUCUCCUCUGUUUUUCCAAUUAUUUUGCUCAGUGUUUGGUAAUGAUGGCUGCAAGGAGGCCUGGGUUAAUUGCUUUGUUUGAUGUGGAUGGCACUCUUACGGCACCACGAAAGGUGGUGACUCCAAAGAUGUUAGAAUUCAUGCGGGAACUCCGCAAGGUAGUAACAGUUGGUGUAGUUGGGGGAUCUGACCUUGUUAAGAUAUCAGAGCAGCUUGGAAAGACAGUUACAAAUGACUAUGAUUAUGUGUUUGCUGAGAAUGGGCUUGUGGCCUACAAGGAUGGCAAAUUAAUUGGAACCCAGAGCUUGAAGUCAUUUCUUGGGGAUGACAAGCUCAAGGAAUUCAUUAAUUUUACACUUCAUUACAUUGCCGACUUGGAUAUCCCCAUAAAAAGGGGAACUUUUAUAGAGUUCCGAAGUGGGAUGCUCAAUGUAUCACCAAUUGGGCGAAACUGUAGUCAAGAAGAACGAGAUGAUUUUGAGAAGUAUGACAAGGUUCACAAUAUACGCCCAAAAAUGGUAUCAGUGCUUCGUGAGAAGUUUGCACACCUUAACCUUACGUUUUCUAUUGGUGGACAAAUUAGCUUUGAUGUUUUUCCUCAUGGCUGGGAUAAGACAUAUUGCCUGAGAUACCUGGAUGAUUUCGAUGAGAUCCACUUCUUUGGAGACAAAACUUAUAAGGGUGGAAAUGACUUCGAGAUCUAUGAAUCCCAGCGAACCGUGGGUCACACAGUUACUAGCCCUGAUGAUACAGUGGAACAGUGUCAAAGUGUUUUCCUAGCCAAGCAAGAUGGAGGCCUCUGAGCUUGUUGCACCUAUGAUUUCAAUUAUAUGCCCAUGGUGAUUUAUGGCUAUGCCACACAAAUAAAUUUUGUUACUUCAAAAUAUGUUCACUGUAUUACCUAUUUUAUGUACCACUGAGUUGUAGGCUUAUUUUCUGGCCAUGUUUAACUGAUUAAAUCUUUUCAUCCCAAUUUAGAUGAGUCCCCCUCGCUUCUUUUUCUCCCCUUCUAACCUGUAUGAAGUUCAAUUCCUC